AUGUGGUAUCAUGAGCGGCAGCAUCCCUUCGCCCCGCUGGCCCUCCUCCCAGCGGCGCUGGCCGAAGCGGUGCCGGGGCAGAGCGACGUGCUGGCGGCUCCGGAGCUUUACCUGGCACGAAGGGCUGCGGGAACAGAGGCAGGGCAGAGCUCCGUGCGGUCUCCCGGUCCCGCCAGGAAGGACGCGGCGCCUUCCCAACGGCAACUUCCGUCCGCGGCGGAACAUCGUCGGGGCCGUGCCUGCCGCCAGCCCCGGGGCGGCGGGGAUGGGCGCUGCUGCCGGGAGCUGCCGCCCUGCCGGCGGGUUUACAGCUGGGAAAGCAACCAGGGGCAUGUCUCAGGGGUUCUGAUCCACGUUUAUUGGAUCUGUCCUCCAAUUCGGGACAGCGCAUUCUUCACCCGAAUUAUCAAGAGAAACAAGCAGAUUUUUUUUUUUUUUAUAUUGAAGCCCCAUCCUGCCAUUAACACUCCUAUCAAUGAAACUGUUGAAGAAAGCAGUCAGGAGCCUGCUGAGGGGAGUGAAGAAAAAGCAGGAGCCAAAAAAAAAAAGUGUUCUGUCCCAAAAUUAUCCCCUAAAGGGGAUGGUAACUUACCUGCAGAAGCUGAAACAGAAGAAAAGGAGAUGGAUACUUCAAAGGAAGAUGAUCCACCUUCAGACAAAAACAUUAAAGAAGAUGUGGUGAAAGCAAAUGAUGCAUCUAUUCCUAAAGUUGCUAGAAGAGGAAGAAAAAGAAAGACUGAAAAACAAGCUGAAGCUGAGGAAGCAGCAGGAGUAGCGGGAGCAGCAGCAGCUCCUGUGGCAGUGUCUCCAAAAGUAAGCCCCAAAAGAGGAAGACCAGCAGCUUCUGAAGUAAAAGUUCCAAAACCAAGAGGGAGACCUAAGUUGGUGAAACCAUCAUGUCUUUCAGAGGGUGACCUUGUUAAUGAGGAGGAGAAAGCAAAGAAGAAAGGACCAGAAGAAAAGCCCAAAAAACAAGGGAAAAAAGAUGAGGAGAGUCAGAAGGAAGAGGAGAAAUCAAAGAAGGAAUUUGAUAAAAAGGAAGGAAAGAAAGAGGCUGAACCAAAAAGGAAAAAUGUUGCAAAAGUGGGUUCUACAUCAGCUUCUGAUUCUGAAGAUGAAGAAGAACAAGAAGGAGACAAGAAGAAAAAAGGAGGGAGAAGCUUUCAGGCAGCUCACAGAAGGGGCAUUGUAAGAGGCCAACAUGAGAGAGAAGUAACGGAAAGAAAGCGUAAGCAAGAGGAACAAACAGAAUCUGAAUCGCAGAGUAAAGAAGAAGGCAAGAAAGCAGAAGUUAAGAAGAUUGAGAAGAAGAGAGAAACAUCAAUGGAUUCUAGGCUUCAAAGAAUACAUGCAGAAAUAAAGAAUUCCCUGAAAAUUGAUAAUCUGGAUGUGAAUAGGUGUAUUGAGGCUCUUGAUGAGCUUGCAUCCCUUCAAGUCACAAUGCAGCAGGCUCAGAAACACACAGAGAUGAUUCUAACUCUUAAGAAGAUACGGAAAUUCAAAGUUAGCCAAGUUAUCAUGGAGAAAUCUACAAUGCUAUAUAACAAGUUCAAGACCAUGUUUCUUGUUGGGGAAGGAGAUUCUGUUCUUUCCCAAGUACUAAAUAAAUCACUUGCUGAGCAGAAGCAGCAUGAAGAAGCUAACAAAACCAAAGAACAGUGGAAGAAAGGAGCAAACAAAAAGGUGGAAAAAGAAAAGGACCAAACAGGUUCAAAGGUUCUGAAUGGAGGGUCUGAAGCCCAGGACACCAACCAGUUACAACACAAUGGAGAAAGUGCUGAGGAAAAGAAAGAUAGGCAUGAAGUUGGCAGUAAGAAAAAGACGUGUGAAGAGAGAGAGCUUGAAAAGACAGCAGAUGAUUCUGCCUUUGAAAACAAAUGACAUCACAGGAGCAGUUUUUUUUGAAUUACAAAUUAAAGAGGAUUGUUAAGUUUUGCAUUUGAAAUCUAUAGACUGAUGAAAUUCUAAAUAAUUUUAUAAGCAUAGUAUUUUGAAGUUAAAUUUUGUGGAAUAAAAGCCCCUUUAGUCUUGGAUUUAAAGUAUUUAAACACUUCUGCCAAUAGUUUCAUUCAGUAUUAACAGGUGACACAUUUCAAAAGUCAAAAUUCCCAGUUAGAAAGCAAAUGCUUAUACAUUACGGGACUUAGAGUUGUAGUAUAUUUUUUAACUUACUACUGUAUGUUUGUCUAGCUAAUAGCAGGAAAAAGUGUAAAUACUUCUAAUUCUCCAAUUGCUUCAUUUGUAUAAAACCUCCUCUCUUCCUGUGAUACUGACCUCUGUUUGUGCGUAGGUUUUCAACUCUUGCUGGGGAUGUCUUUUCACUGUGUUUUGUAGGAGUUGAAAGCAAUGUUUUUGUAGCUGUUACACUGUUAAUGUAUGAGUAUACCUAAUUGUUUUGGUUUUUUUUAAAUAAGUCUAGUUCUGUUCUUGCAAAAUGCAUUGUGCCAAGUUAUGCAAUGUGGCUUUAUGGUAUGCUUUUGGUAUAGUAAGUAUACUGGAAAGAGGUGUGGUGUUUUCACAGAACCUGUUGAUGCACAAUGGUUGGAAAACAGUGUCUUGAACGAUUUACGGAAUUAAAGAAUUUAAUAAAGACAGACUUGUAUAGACAAAACCAUUCAUAGGAACAA